GAGAAGGAAAUGACCCAAAGAACUGUCUCAAUAUCAGUCUUGCAACACCUCCCAUGAAUCGGAUACUAUGCAAUGAUAUUGUCGCGGCAGUACGACAGCUUCAGUCUCAAGCAUUUCAAUCAUCUCUGAGUCUCAGACCCCAAACCCUAACUUAAACGAGAUACCAGCCUUUUGCAAGGAGGAGUGGAUGUUGCACAUAUAUGGUGCUCUUAGCAUCCGACAGCAAUGCAUCCAUUUAUCCUCACAACACCUCUGUAAGCAUGUCAACAGAAGUAAUAAAGAAGAAGCAGAUGGCGUAAUACAUUUGGACCUUCAAAAAGCCUGUGACAAAGUCCCUCGCAAAAGACUCUUAAAGUAACUAAAGUGUCCAAGGUUUCAUUCCUGUCUAUUUCCAAGAAAAAAAGAUGGCUGCCACUCUAGGACUUAUUUCCCUGUUUAGUUGUGUCGUGUUAUUUCCUAUGUUGCAUGCUGUCAUUGUGUAUACAGAGUCGAAGUCAUCAUCCUCACCCAUUGCCAACUUGACGCUGAAUCCUGGAAAACUAAAGCUGACCUGGGACAGCAGUGUCACUGUUACUGAAUACAGGUGUUAUAUGCGUGUAGGCCACAGUUACAUCAGGGGAAACGUGUACAAUAAAACCUGCACGUUUAGCAGAGACAGUGCUUUGCCUAUACAUAAGGGGGCAUUAUUCCAAAUUCAAGCAAUGUACAACAACAUUUCAUAUUCAGCAGAAGCAAGAUUCAUUCCUCAAGGCAAGAUUGGAACAUCUGUUGAAAAUUUCUCCUGUGUGAUUUACAACAUUUCCUUCAUGAAUUGCGCUUGGAAGGCCGGCAGGAAUGCUCCGGAAGAUACCCAAUAUUUUCUUUUCUUUCAAUACUCAAAGGAAGAAGAUGAACAAGAAUGUCCACAUUACAUAAGAGAUGCACUUGGAAGACCUAUCGCAUGCAGUUUUCAAAAUGUGACAGACAUUAAAAAGGAAGUUUACUUCCUGGUGAAUGGGUCGAGCAACGAAUUGGAGAUUCAGUUUUAUGAUGAGUACAUCACACUAUAUGAAAUAGAAAUACUCACUCCUCCAUUAAAUAUCACAGUAAACUGUUCUGAAGACCGAGCAGAGUGUAUAGUGCGAUGGAAACGGCCCCAGCCAAGCCACAUGGAAGGAAAUGUAGAUCACUGCUUUGAGUAUCAAAUUGACAUUCGAAAUAAGAAUGCUAAUGCCAAUCCCAAGGAAAGCAGCAAUGAGUGUCCUACGGUAAGAGGAACAAGCUACACAUUUCAGAAUUACAACGUGAAAAAAAAGUACACCUUGCAAAUCAGAGCAAAGGGAGAUGCAUGUCUCGUAAGCCAGAAUUGGGGGGAAUGGAGUGAGCCCAUUGAGUUUGGUAACCCAGAUGAUGCAGUUCUUACGACUACGAUUGUUUUACUCCUCAUAGCAUUUGGAACAAUCCCAGUGGCACUGGUCAUAUUUUUUCUGUGCAAAAGAUACUGCAGUUUGAAAAAAAUGUUUUCUCCCGUUCCGCAACCAAAAAACAAAUUUCAUGAACUUUUCCAAAUAUCUGAUAAAAAUAUACAGGUAAGUUUUCUUUAUGUAAAAUUUGUUGAUUGUAAGGAUCUAUCACAGACUGGAAAGUCUGACACAAAAAGUCGAGGUUUGCAUUUCAAUUUAUAAACAUUAAGAGAGUUUGAUGUGAAUUCUUCUUUGCUGUUGUUCAGUGUUGUGUGCUGUUACACAAUUGUUCCAGCCCACUGGUUCUCCCAUUCUAAUGCUGAGUGACUAUUGAGACCGGUCAAUUACAGGUAAUUCUGACCAGUGUCACGUGACUAGGGCCAAAACAUAAAGAUAAUUCUUUUGCCAGCCCUGCUGUGUUGCUUCUUCAUACAGUCUUAACAUGCUUGAGUAAGGACUGCAGAACUCCCAUUCACAUUAAUUGGAGUUUUGCCUGAGUAAAAACUGUAAGAACCGAAGUGUUUCACCCUUCUACAAUCUAUUUGGGUUAAUAGAAAACUAGACAACAGAGAGAUGUUCACAGACUGAGAAUAACUUUAUUUUUCUUUACCAUGUCUGGGAGAAAAACAGAAGUUCAGUAUUCAAAUUACCUCCUUUACUUUUAUUCAGUUUGACAUGGUUAGUUGACAUUUAGCUCUUGACCAUCACGUCAAUAGUGUUGAAAUAAACAUGAUUGGCUUUUAGCUGGAAGAUAUUAAUGUAUUGUUUUCUCAAAACAUCUUUUACAUUGCAAAACAAUGUAAUGUUGAUUUUGCCUUUGAGGUAUCAUAAUACUGGUGUACCAAUGUUGUUUUCCUCUUAAUGAUAACUCUCUGAUAACCAAGAGGUGGGGUUAUAAAGAAAAAUUAAAGGGGAAAAAUGAAAUAAUUCCAUUAAAUAUCUUUAACCAUUAAAUGAAUAAACUGAAGUCUCAAGUGGUAAAUCUCUAGUUAAUCUCCUGAAUGAUACUAAGGCAGAUUUUUUCCCCUUCCUUCAAUAGAGGGAAUGGAUGGAUCUACCACCCACAAAAUAUGAAACGGAAGAAAUAACUACUGUUGAAGAAUUAAAUAACUUCUAAAAGCAAAAUGAAGCACUUGGAUUCCCCAACUCAAACAACUACAAAUCCUCAUGGCAAUUUUGUAUGUUUGCACACUCGCUCUCUUUCUCUCCCCUACAAAUGUUGCCUAACACUUACGUUAUAAGUCCCUUUUUUCAGUUUCUUAUAACUUUGUCAAAUUUGAAUCAUUUGAACAGAAGCUUUUCCAUGCUGCGUGUCUGCUUGAGGGUGAAUAUUCUUGGAGCGUUUAAAAAAAAAAACAUUUCAGUCAUUUGUUAGAACAACUUUAGGGGGAAAAAAUGUUAUUUUGCCCGUAUUAAAAGACCUCUUACAACCUUUUCAUUGACAAUCUCUAGUACCUCCCUGCUUUGAAAUCUGUGGAAAUUCAGCAGGGGUGUUGCUGUGGUGACAGGAAUGUGCUUUAUUCAUCCUUAAGAAUAUCAACCCAAAUUUGGCCAAGUUAUUAACCGUUGAAAAAUCAUGGUUCACACAUGCUAAGUAUAGACUUGUUAAAGAGUUUGGCAGCCAAACUUCUUUAGGUCCUCACAUCAGACUAUGUCUAAAUCUCGGUGAUUCUUUCUGCGUAACAUCUCUAAGAUACAUCUUUUUCUAUCCAUCCUCACAGCUAAAAUUCUAAUGCAGGCCCUCAUGAUCUUACGACUUGAUAAUUAUUUUUCUCUGGCAUUAAGAAAUGCAACCUUUACCCACUUUUAUCCAUUCAGAAUGCUGCUGCAAAGAUCAUUUACUUAGAUCCUAUCCCAUUUAUACUGCUGUUCACUCUUUUAGUUGUCCAAUCGCUGCUAACCUUUCUGGUGAAAACUGAAACAAAAAAGCCAUUUAAUACAUGGGCCAUUGCUGUGUUUUCUGUUAUUGUCUUUCCCUCCUCAUUGAAUAGUGGGCCUACCAUAGAAUCAUAGAAUAUUAGGGUUG